CGCCAAACGCCGUUAAACCUGAUCGAAGAAGAAGUUGUAUUGUUUUGAUUCGUUGAAGUCGCAGCCGAAAUACCGUGUGUCUGCAGUGAUGAAGACCUCCCAGUCAGCAGAGACAGAAGGCGAUAAGGUCACUUCCUGGGUGUCUGUGUGCCCCAGGGGCUUGUGGGAGGUUUGUCAGAGGAGGAAACGAGGGGCGGAGCCAGCUGACCCCUCUGGAGACGUCUACCCCGGGAUUGGCUCUCUGUGUCGGGUCAGAGUUCAACUCCAAGGGGAACCUACAAAUGUCCCGGAGCUGUCACUCAAACCUGACCUGCCAAUCGCAGUCCUUUCAGAUGCCCAGGUCCCACCCCUACAGCGCUCCCAGGGUACCAUGCUGCAAGUCCCACUUGGUGAUUGGAUCAUUCUGAGGCUGGGGGAGGGGCAGUGUGACAUCACAGAGGGGUGUGUGGAGGGGAUGAGAGCUGGAGACAAGUGUGAGGUAAUGCUGACCCCACUAACAGACCGACUCCGGGAAGGAGAAGAGGAGCAGAAGAGGGCAGGCCCUGACCAGUCCCUGUGUAUAACAGUAGAGCUCCAGUCCUUCUCUCCUGGCCAUGAGUCCUGGCAGCUGUCAGCUGGAGAGAAGUGGGGCUGGGUGAUGUCACACAAGCAGAGGGGAGGGGACAGGUUCAGGGCGGGGGACAUGUGGGGGGCGGCAGACAGCUACAGCCGAGCCAUCAAACUCCUCAUCACCCUAAAACUACACACCCGGCUAGAAAGGGAGGAGAUGACUCCGAUAGAGGAGGAGGAUGAGGAGACGGAGAAGAAAGAUAGCCUAGAGGGCCCUACAGAUCGUCAGUACCGUUCCACCAAGGCCUCUCUCUACUCCAACCUAUCCCUGUGUCAGCUGAAACUAGGCCAGUGGUCCCGGGCCAGGGGCUGUGCCUCCAGAUCCACGCUGCUGGAGCCCCAAGGGCUGAAGGCCUGGUACCGCCUUGGGCAGGCCAACCUGGAGGCAGGGGAGCUGGAGGAGGCCGACAGGGCCUUCAGGAAACUACAGGAGCUCCAGCCUGACUCUCCCUCCGCCCUGAGAGGACUGAGAGAGGUGGGGAGGAGGGAGCGAGAGACGAAUAGCAGACUGGGACAGAGACUCGGCAAGAUGUUCAGCUGAAGAGGGAGAGCGAGAGAGGACUGAUAGCCAACUGGGACAGGGACUGAGUCAAAUGUUCAGGGGAUGGAGGCAAGAAGGAGAGGGUGACAAUUAGCAGACUAUUUUUUCAUAUCCACAAAUAGUCUUAGGCUGUGUUCAUAUAAGUAGCCCAAUAAUCCCAAUAAAAUGAAUAUCAGAUUUGGGAUGUCUGUGUAAAUAUGGGCACUGGAUUAUGGGAUUUAAGUGUCAGUCAUUUUUUCUAUUUUUUUUUCUCGAACUGUUAAGACCCUGGAGCUGUUCUAGAAAAUACAUCUAAGAAGUGGUAUAGAAAUUAGCUGGAAUUAUGGGUAGGACUUCUUUUCACAAACUCGGUCCUGGGGACGCCAAGAGCCACACAUUUAGGUUUUUGCCCUAGCAAUACAUUAGUAAUUAAAAUAUCAAAGCUUGA